ACAAUGAAAGUUUUAAUACCUGUGGUUUUCUUAAUUCUAUGUGAAACCUCUUUUACCCAAACUGCUUCUAUUGGAAUUACUCCAUCAGCAACUGCGCCAUGUAUUGAUCAACCAAAUGAUAUCCUUCUCCCGGUUAUCGGUGAUUGUAGUCAAUUUUACGGAUGUAAAAAUGGCAAUACAAUUUUAAGAAAUUGCAUGGAAGGCUUGUUCUUUGAUUCGAUAACCAAAAACUGCACCGAGCCUUCAAAAUCAGAUUGCAUUCAGGAACAUUCAAUUGCUAUAAAAUCCGAAGUUGUACCAACAGAAAUUCCAGAAAUCCCAAAUUAUAUUUGCCUUGGAAAGGCUAUUGGAUCAUUGGUGCCAUCACGGACCAAUUGUAGUGAAUAUUAUUCCUGUAUUAGUAGCAGUCCUAUUGUACAAACAUGUGGCAUCGGAAUGCAUUUUGAUUCCUAUUCUCAAAUAUGUAUUUCAUCAGAAUUAUCAAAUUGUGUGAUUAAACGAAAAGUUGAAGUUACAACCACUCGAAAACCUGAACUUAUUGAAGUCGUUUGUAAGGGAAAGUUUGAUGGCGAAAAGUUUCCUGUUCCAGGUAAUUGUACGAGGUACUUUGAUUGUCUCGAACACAAGGCAUAUGUAAAAUCAUGUGGGGACAAACAUUUCUAUCCUGUAAGUAGGACUUGCAUUGAUCCUGAGGUGUCAGAAUGUUUCGAAGGAACUGUUCGGGUAAAAACCGUUACGACCGAAUCGAGUCAUGUUAAUGAUACGAUCAUUGAAGGAAAUAAAGUUAUUUCGAAAGUAAAAACUAAAAUUAUUGAUUCUGAUGAAAUAGAAGAUGUAAAUGAAGAUAAAACAAUAGUUGGGAGAGUUUUACAGAAGUUGAAUGAUUUUAAAUAAUCUGUUUUAAACGAUUUAUAUUUAAAAAAAAUGUGGCGAUAAAAUAAAACAAAUGUUUUGCAUUUCUUUGAGUUUUUUUUUUAUAUUCGUCAGAUAUUCUUCUUUUUAUUAGCUUGUCAGCUUACAUGAUUAUUUCUCUGCUACUUCUUGGUGAACACUAGAAUACUUCUCAUAUUUCUUUUUUGCUGUUUGUAUCAGAGUUAAAAUUUACUUUUUGACAAAUGUCAAAAUGACAUUUACCUAUUUUUAGUAGGGAUGAUCACAA